AUGCCUUUGGAUUUAUUUCCAAUCGAGCUUCAAUGCUCAUUCAUCCGCCUUCUAGAUCCUAUUGGUCUCAUAUCGCUCAGCCAAACAAGCAAGCAUUUCCGCCUCCUCAUUAGUCCCACAGAGGAGCACUUUGCUGAACGUCUUUUGCAGCUAGAGACUCUCGAGGAGUACGGAGGACCUUCUUCCUCCGACGAACCUUCCGACGCCUAUGUACUGCUCAACUGUUGCCAAAGCCAUCGCAAAGACAUUCGCUGGGCCUGCACCAGCUGCCUUCGUCUUCUUCCUCGCCGGUGUUUCGGAAACAAAUAUGUUCUGGGCCUAAAUUACAAGAAGCCUACGCGAGACGAUCCACUACUAGAUGAGGCAACGUCGUGGGAACCGGUAGUGAAGAACGAACAAGUGAGGGAGGACUGGACAUUCCAUGAGCCUUGGAUCAGGCUUCGCGCCAUCAGUCGACAAGACCGACGAUGCCUCGAGUGCCAGUACCGCCGAGGAGAGCUGAGGUCAGAUACAACUGGACUUUUGAAUGCAAAAGUACCUGUUGAAAUUAACCGCACGGCCCUGUUCUAUACAGAACUAGACAGGUACUUCCCGGGGGUCUCCGACUAUCUAGGCUGUGAGAUUCCACCGGCGGUAGAAAAUAUUCUCCCUGGGGGUGGCAGUCCAGCCGCAAUAGAACCAUUCGCCUGGGACAUGCGGAUGGUGCGAUGCCCUGAGUGCACUCGUUGGAAGGAGCUGAGGGACUUUCGUCUCCAAGUCCGGCACCUGCGCGAAGCCCGAUACCCGUACCGUGCAAACGUGGACACUCUAUUGAAGGAUGCUUGCUGCAAUGCUUGUUUCGCCAAGGCCCAUGGGCGCGUUGAACUCGGCCGCGCACUUGGUAGCUGGUUCAGAGAACUGGUGGACAGGAGACUUCAGGCAACGUCGUUUCAGUUGCAGGUCCAUGUACGCGAGUUCUAUUGGGACACCAAGUACUCUGCGAUGAUGAAACUCAGGCAGAGCGUGGAAGAGCUCGGAGAAAAAGUGUUUUGUUUUGACUCGUGUCACGACUCAGUCCUCAACGAGGAAGACAUUGCGCAGUUGAAGGCUUAUCGAGUACAUGCUAUGCACAUGUGGGAGCAGAUAGCUAAGGACGAGCAUUGGCCUACGUUCAUGCUUCCACGCCCAGACCAGGUCGCCUGGGGAUGGAGCCACAAUUUCUGCGAGGACGUGCUGAGGGGUCUGAAGACGUGCAAGGAAAUGUUUGGGGAGAAUCCAGAAGCUUUUGCAGCCUGGGCACUUGAUAGAGAUGAAGCAACCUGGGACUGCGAAGUUGAAGGAGCUCUCACGCGGGAGCUGGGGCCGGAUGUGUUUGACAGGGCAUCCAGAUACAGGAUGGACUCAUACAACUAA